CGAGGUGCCCUGAUGGUGGUGGGAAAGGUAUCGGCCAAGAGCUUCAGAGCCUACGCAGAUCUCAUCAAGAGGUAAGCCUUCGACUCUUCGUGUGUUCGCAACUCAUUAUUUGCUUGCACGGUGCAUUCAUUCAGAGACUAUAUGGACGAAGAUCUCCUCGAUUAUGCAUUCUCGUUCAUCCCCGAGCGCCUUCUGGCUAUCCCUACCGACACCAGCGACGAGCUUGAGCACUUCCUCCGCGAUCUGCUGCACUGGUUCAAACACGAGUUCUUCACCUGGUUCUCGUUCACCCCGACGUGCGACAAGUGCCAAGGCAAGAGCAUGACACACAUCCACCCAUCCUGCACUAUGCUUGGUAUGCGUGAAUGUGUGUGCUGGGAAUGGGUGUUGCAUGGCACGAAUGGCUCACUCAGGCGCCACCGAGAGGAUGGAGACCGAGACCGUUCCCCUCCCGAAUGCCAAGCGAGUCGAGAUCUACCGCUGCGUUGGCGGCGCCAACGCGUCACAGAAGCCCCCCAGCAUGUUGCAGCAGCUGUUUGGGUGCUGCCAGCAGCAGCAGCAGCAGCAGGAGAGUCAGCCGGCCUGUGGUGCGUUGACGGUCUUCCCUCGGUACAACGGGUGUGCGGCGCUGCUGUCGUCGCGUACGGGGCGAUGCGGCGAGUGGGCCAAGUGCUUUACACUACUCUGCAUCGCGGUCAGUGCAGGGACGGACGGAAAAAUCAGUGUGUAUGUCCAUGUGUGUAUGUGUGUCCAUGUGUGUAUGUGUGUGUGCUGCAGUUGGGUUUGGACGCUCGUCUGUGCGUCGACUUCACUGACCACGUCUGGACGGGUGUGUACAGUGUCAGUCAGCAUCACAUGUCAGUCACACGCAUAGCAUACACAUGUGGAUCGGAUCCACUCCAUUAGUUAGAGCAGGAUUGGAUUGGAUUGGAUGGAUCAAUCCUCUUGGCUGGCUGUGGGCCCCUCGCUUGCCUUGCUUGCUUUGGCAGAGAUCUGUGUGCCGGGUGUCGCCGAUGGCACCACAAACCCCCAGCGGCCGUCAUCCCCCCGACACACCUAUCUGCAGAAGAUGCACAAGGCGACGAAGGGUGCUGGGUGCGGCGCAUCGCCGCAGCACCGUGUGUAUCAUUUGGACUCCUGUGAGGCUGCGCUGGACUCACCGCUUAUGUAUGAGAAGGGCUGGGGCAAGAAGCUCAAUUACGUCAUCGCAUACAGGUCCGCUCAGCUCAACGAACCAUUUGGCUGGCUGGCUAGAGCAUCAAAUCGACGUGUGUGAUGUGUGUGUGUGUGCUGCUGCAGCCCCUAUGAAGUGUUGGAUGUCACCAAGCGGUGGGAGGGAAAAUGCGAAGGGUACAGUACACAUCCACUUCUGUCUGCACCCCUCUUUGCUACAGGUACACAGCCGACUGGCCCGGUGUGUUGUCGCGUCGCACAGCCAUCGACGAGGGCGAGCUGACGACCGUCCUGGCAGACAUAGAGCAGACCAUGCGCGAGAGCAACGCGUCGCUGGUGGCCUCACGCGAGGGCGAUACUGUGAGUCUUCGGUCUGAUAUCGUCAGGUAAGGUGGCCAUGGCGGCACACACAGACGACGGGCGUACACUCUUGCAUGCGUGUGGAUGGAUGGAUGGAUGUGUAUGUGUGUGUAUGUCUGUUGUGUGCACUGCAGCUGGUUGGGCGGUAAGCGUGCUGAGGAGUUGGCGGCGCUGGCCCAGCCGCACGAGUCGCCGACCAAUGCGUCGGAGCAGGAUGCCUUCGGACCCAGAACCUCACUGUGAUCGACUCGAUGGAUCGAGCUGUACAGACCGACAUACUAACGUCGAUAUGGAGGACACAGACAGAUUGGCACAGAUACACACACACACAUCGACGUGACGCGCGCAUAGCAUAGCGUAGGG